GUCAUAGUGUCAGAAAAUGAAAUCAGACGUCUUUCAAUUCAAGACAUUCCCUCAAGCGUUGAGGAACUGUACCAGGUGUUACGAACCAACCUCAGUCUGAGAGGAGGAUUCAUUUUGCAGUUUGAGGAUCCUGAUUUCAAUAAUCAGUUGUGCAACUUAACAGACAUCAAAGACCUUCCUGUGGACUGGGCAACUUUGAAAAUUCUGUUCACAGCUUGUGGUGAUGCCUCAGACUCUACGCUGGACACAGCCAGUCUUCCAUCCCUCAGUAGUGGGGAUUCUUGCGAAUGGCCUGACCCCUUUCCAAUUCCACAGUUUUCACAUGAUGUGGAGCUCCAACUGAAAGAAGCAAAUUGUAGAUAUACUAAAGAUGGAGCUGUGAUGAUGAUUCCUAAAAGCUUAAAGACUGAUGUCCUUGACACACUUGCAGACAGUAUGUCUAAGAUUAGUGCUUAUCCUGAGAGGCAACACUAUAAGAAUGUAGCCAGAGCACUGGUGGAGAAGCAUCCCUGUCUCCGAGAACCAGGCUCCGAGAAAGGAUGGUGCUCAUGGUUUCACAGCCUGAAGUUUAAGCUUGGAAACUACCGGCAAAAGUUAAGUGCUGCAGGUUGCCCUGAAGUGGUCAUAAACAAACGAAAAGGAGGAGCCUCAAAGGGAAAAUGUGUCAAGAAGUCAAAAAGAGGUGAAGUGAACUACUGUCCUGAUCCAGCUGAAGGACAGAAUCCUGAAAACAUGGAGGAAAAGCACAAGAUAAUGGAGGUUGAAAUGCUGAAAAGUGUCCCCGAUCACCAGCUGCUAGAAGAUAUGAUGGUGGCUACGUUUUCCCUGCGCAGAAAAGAGAUCGUUGGAGAUCAACCACACAUCACAGAACUCAUUUCCCGAUGGCCAGCUCUGUUUCAUGAGAGACAGGUAAGGGCAGAAUUCAAGAGAAUCGUCACCACAGACCUUCUGGAAACUUUUCUCGAUGGACUUGAUGACCUGGUCCCAAGACUGCUGGAGCUAUACAAAGCAGGAACCAAGUCUGGAAAGAAGCAGUCUCUCAAAGCAAUUCUGGACUGUCUUGCUAAAGAUGAAACGAAUGAGAGGAGAAGGGCGGCUGUCCUACUUGGUCUGCCACACUACAUAUCAGGCGAAGAUCCAUCAAAUAUCAUCAGGAUGUGUGAUGCUCAUGUUGGGAUUCUGGAUGGAGCCAUGAAGGGGUUGCAGCUUGGCCUCCUGAUAGGCUUUGAAGGUGGUCAACAAGGUGCCAUUCCAGUUGAGAUCUUCGAUGUGGCAGUUGUGGUCGAGGAGACCAUUGUGCUUCACAACAUUAAAGAUGUGGCACAAAGCUUCGCCAUGCUUAUGGGCAUCAUCUACUGUGUGAAUCUCAAGUAUCCCGAUGCCAUGAAGUACUCAUUUGAGUUUCUUCAGAGAGUUGUGAUGAAGAUUAAACCAGACCAGGCCUCGGCUCGCGUACAUGGACUGAGAAACAAAAUCUUGAGGUACAAACUGUAACGGCUUGAUUUUUUUCAAAACAGCACUGUUUGUGUGUGCAUGUUGAGGACUGUUAACUAUUUUCUACAUAAACCUACAGGAUUGUCCUGAUCUAUGUUCAAUGAAAAACAAUGUGUGUAAGGGCAAAUGUGGAGGUUAGAGAUGGUUUACUGUUCACUGUGUACUUUCCAGGACUCUCUUGAGAAAUUAUACUGUUAUCUG